AUGAAAUUCGAGAAUUUAAAUCAAGAGAAUCUAGAAGAGAGAAGUGAUGGAUUAAGUUUUUCAAAAUUUGAGAAAUCGAAUAAUUCUUGUCAGUUUUUCAUUGUGAUUGAACUAUUGCAAAGAAUAUUUCAGAAUCAGCAAGAACCUAAUGAUCUUCGAGAAUCUCUCAUCUAUUUAGAGCAAGAUUUGUGGAUGGCUUGUGCGAAUUUUGAAUAUCUAGAAGAAUAUUGUAGAGACAAGAUCGAUAAUGCAUAUUUCCAAAUAGAAUUGGGCGGGUAA